UUCUGGGCAGAGAAAGGGGAGCAAAACAUUCCUAUGUGCCUGGCCUGCCAUGCCCGCCCGCAUUCCAGGGGCAGCCCUGUCAGCUCUGUGCCUGGAGGGGCCGUCCAUGUGCAGGGUAUCAGGACUGCCAGCAUCCUCACCGCCCUCCCUCCUGCUCUGCCUGCAUCCCUUAACCUCUGACCCAUCUGUCAAAUGCCCUGUUCUGGUCCUCCCUUCCUGUUCAGUUGUGAGGAAUAGGAGAGCCAGUGCGGGGGUGGAGGGGUGGGGAGGAGGUUAGUAAACAGCCUGUGGCUCCACAGACCCAAGGAAGGCAGACCAGCCUCAGUCCCUCCUGGCCGGUGCCGGCUGCUUAGGAUGCAGAACCCAGCGGAGGCACCGCUGUCAGUCAUGCGGCUCCUCCCUCACCUUCCCCGGGGGCGCCUCUGUCUCCCCUUCCGUCUUUCAACUUCCCUAGUUCAGUUCUCAAGUCAGGAUGGUCACAGGAGGUCUGGACUCACCACCACCACCCCCACCCACACUGGGGCCCUUCUCUCCACGUAACUUUGACGCACGAUCAUUAACCCUGAAGCUCCCAGAGGCAGUUGUCGGGGCUCUCUCGCCGCUGCCCUGGCGGCACUUCAUGGCUGGCCAGCUGCUUGCUCUGGAAUCAGAUCAACCGAUGAAGAGGAAAAUCUCUGAGAAGGGUCACGGGAGUCAAGAGGGUUCCCUCUUGGCAUCCCCAGAAGCUUCAACUCUGGAGGCGAUGGGUAGAAAGGAAGAGGAUGACUGCAGUUCCUGGAAGAAACAGACCACCAACAUCCGGAAAACUUUCAUCUUCAUGGAAGUGCUGGGAUCAGGAGCUUUCUCAGAAGUUUUCCUGGUGAAGCAAAGGGUAACUGGGAAGCUCUUUGCCCUGAAGUGCAUCAAAAAGUCACCUGCCUUCCGGGACAGCAGCCUGGAGAAUGAGAUCGCUGUGCUGAAAAAGAUCAAGCACGAGAACAUUGUGACCUUGGAGGACAUCUAUGAGAGCACCACUCACUACUACCUGGUCAUGCAGCUUGUUUCUGGUGGGGAGCUCUUUGACCGGAUUCUGGAACGGGGUGUCUACACAGAGAAGGAUGCCAGCCUGGUGAUCCAGCAGGUGUUGUCAGCUGUGAAAUACCUCCACGAGAACGGCAUCGUCCACAGAGACUUAAAGCCUGAAAACCUCCUGUACCUCACCCCCGAGGAGAAUUCUAAAAUCAUGAUCACAGACUUUGGUCUCUCCAAGAUGGAGCAGAGUGGUGUCAUGUCCACUGCCUGUGGGACCCCAGGCUACGUGGCUCCAGAAGUGCUGGCCCAGAAACCCUACAGCAAGGCUGUGGAUUGCUGGUCCAUCGGUGUCAUCACUUACAUAUUGCUGUGUGGGUAUCCCCCCUUCUAUGAAGAAACUGAGUCUAAGCUGUUUGAGAAGAUCAAGGAAGGCUACUAUGAGUUUGAAUCUCCGUUCUGGGAUGACAUUUCUGAGUCAGCCAAGGAUUUUAUUUGCCACUUGCUGGAGAAGGACCCGAAUGAGCGGUACACCUGCGAGAAGGCCUUGAGGCACCCCUGGAUUAACGGAAACACAGCCCUCCACCGGGACAUCUACCCAUCAGUCAGCCUCCAGAUCCAGAAGAACUUCGCCAAGAGCAAGUGGAGGCAAGCCUUCAACGCAGCGGCCGUGGUCCACCACAUGCGGAAGCUGCACAUGAACCUGCACGGCCCAGGGGUCCGGCCAGAGGUGGAGAACAGGCCGCCCGUCCCUGCAGCCUCGAGACCCACCUCCCCGGAGAUCACCAUCACCGAGACACCCGCUGCCCCGGGCCCGAGCGCGGCGGCCCCCGUGCCGCCCCGGCUGCCCUGCCGGCACGGCCCCCAGCCUGUGGCCCCCGGGGGCAGGUCCCUCAACUGCCUGAUCAAUGGCUCCCUCCGCAUCAGCAGCAGCUUGGUGCCCAUGCAGCAGGGGCCCCUGGCCGUCGGGCCCUGCGGCUGCUGCUCCAGCUGCACGAACGUUGGCGCCAAAGCAAACGCCUCCUACUGCUCGGAGCCCACACUGCUCAAAAAGGCCAACAAAAAACAGAACUUCAAAUCGGAAGUCAUGGUGCCAGUGAAAGCCGGCGGCAACUCCCACUGCCGGGUGGGGCAGACUGGAGUCUGUCUCAUCAUGUGAUUCCUGGGGCUCAUGUCUGUCUCACUACAAUUUUCAGGAGAGAUACUCAACUCUUCUCAGCCCUUCCAGACCUGGAGUCCACCCUGCAGCGGGAGGGCGGGAGAGCGAGCAGACCAAGACCUGAUCGGACGCAGCAGCCGGCUGCCGCCCAGGGCAGAGCCUCCCCGAAGGCCCGGGAGCGAGCCCCGGCGCGGUGGAGCUUCAGGAAGCUGUGGGCAGGAGGAGUGGCAUCCUCCCAGGCCUGCCUGAUCCAUGCCCCCCCACCCCCGCCCCGACACGCCCACCCCUACCGGGGUGGCUCUGCGCAGGGUGCGUAGACAGCUCGUGCCCAGGUCUGUGUCGUUGUGAAAAGCUUAACGGGCUGGCCCAUCUGUGUUGUCAUUUCCGAGCAAAGCCAUAUGGAGCAACUACCCAGCCUCCCCACUCAGCACACACUCGCUCCUGCCUCUCAUUGACGGAGGGGCCUGCCGGUCUGCAUGAGUGACAGGCAGCAUCGCAGUCUGCCUGUGAGCUCUCUGAAUUCACCUCCCAACUCCCUAACUCCUGGAUGAUCCACUUCUGAUCGGCCUAUGCCUCCACGCCCAUCCAAAAGCAGUACUACACCCUCCAAGAUGAAACAGAAAGAAACCCACCACUAGGUACUGUAAGCACUUUUUAUCCUGGCCAGACGCCCUCCACACACAGACACACACACACACACACACACACACUCAAUUAAGUAAAAAUUGGAAGUCGACUGUUGUCCUUUCAGCCAGUCAUUCAAAUGCUGCUUCUGCUCCUUUCUCUCCCUGAAAAUCAGGCACAUUGUUUUUGUCCCGCCCGUUUUCUUGUCCUCCGCCCCCUCCAGCUUCCUGCUCUGUGUUGUGCUGAAUAAAAUGGACAUAUUUUUCUCUA